CUCGCGCUCAGGUCACGUGCUCCUGUGUGUUGACUGUGGAGCUCUGCAGCAGAGAGGCUAACAGCUAACGGUGGAGCUACCUGUCCUCAGAGGACACAUACAGCACAGAGUGAGACACCGACAGAGACAUGAAGACACCGAACAGUCCGAUGAGAGUAUGAGUUAAGCAGCAGGAGCCGGUAACGUUCCCAGGGUGAUCAGGUGUGUGUUGUUACAGCUGCAGGAUGCCCAUCCCUCCCCCUCCUCCCCCACCACCAGGAGGACCCCCACCACCCCCCACCUUCAGCCAGGCCAACAGCAGCCCCCCCAAACUGAGCAGAGAGGAGGCCAAAGGUCGCGGUGCUCUGCUGUCGGACAUCUGUAAAGGCGCCAAGCUGAAGAAGGUAGCGGUGGUGAACGACCGCAGCGCGCCGCUGCUCGACAGUAAGAGCCAAACACCAAAGAGCCAAACACCUCCCACUGAUCACCCAUACAUUCGCUUAUACCAGUACCUACACCAGCAACAGAGCCAGCCUCAGCAGCAGGGGGCGCCGUCUGAGGAGCAGCAGAGGACGGCCGCAGAUAGAGAGAAGCCCAAAGGAGGCGGAGCAGCAACAGGUGGAGCCAAUGGCAGCGCAGCAGGAAGUCCAUCAGGUUCUGUUCCACCAAUAGGAGGGCUGUUCACGGGCGGCGUCCCCAAACUGAGACCCGUCGGAGACAGUUCCUCUGGACGUUCUCCGUCCACGCGGGCCGCAGCGCCUCGCCCCCCCAGCCAUCGCCAUGACGAUACAGAGAGCCCCUCCCCUCAGGCGCUGUCACCGACGGAAACGAGUCGUUCCCAGCGUCCCUCUCUGCCCAACCUGUCCUCCUCUCCCUCCCCCUCCUCACCCUCCUCUGCAGCCUCCUCCCCCUCCACCAGCAUGAAGCACUCCUCCUCUGCCCCUCCUCCACCCCCUCCUCUCUGUCGCCGCGGCAACGCCCCCUCCCCUCCCACUUCCUCCUCCUCUUACAACAGGGAGAAGCCCCUCCCCCCGACACCUAACAACACCCCACCCCUCCCCUCCAAACCUCCUCCGUCUCCUGGCAACAGCAGACGCCCUCCCACCUCAGGAGGAAACCCCGCCUCUUCUUCCUCCUCCUCCCUGGCCCCGCCCCCUCCACCUUACCGCAUCGCUAACGGCCCGACAGUUGGCGGCGAGCUGGCGCCCGAGCUGCCGCAGCGUCACAACUCCCUCAGCAACAAGAGGACAGCCCCCUCACCAGGAGGCCACACCCCAACCCGAGGCCCCGCCCCUCCUCCUCCCCCCGCCUCCCCCACGCAGCAGGGCGUCAACAGGCCGCCGCCCCCCGUCAGAGAGACUCCAGGCAGAGGAGCAGCUCCUCCUGUUCCCGCCCAGCCGUCAUCGUUGAGGGCAGGUGGCAGAGAGGCCCCGCCCCCGCCUCCUUACAGGACUCAUGGUAGCCCCUCCCUCUCCUCUGACCCCCCUGCCAGAGGGAAACCUCCUCCCCCACCCACCCGCACCCCCGCUGCUCCUCCCCCACCUCCCCCUCCUCUCCGCAACGGACACUCCUCCUCCUCCUCCAUUCCUCGCUCAUUUGUGGAUGAUUUUGAGUCCAAGUACUCGUUCCAUCCUCUGGACGACUUCCCUCCUCCAGAGGAGUACCGACACUUCGCCAAGAUAUACCCCAGCAAGGCCACCAGAGAUGUUCACAUGGACGAAGGCCCCAACGAGCUCACACCGAAGGUCCUGUUAAACCAUGAAGACAAGCUCACACAAAAGGUCCCGAUAAACCAUGAAGACGAGCUCACACAAAAGGUCCUGUUAAACCAAGAAGACAAGCUCACACCGAAGGUCCCGAUAAACCAUGAAGACGAGCUCACACAAAAGGUCCUGUUAAACCAAGAAGACAAGCUCACACCGAAGGUCCCGAUAAACCAUGAAGACGAGCUCACACCGAAGGUCCCGAUAAACCAUGAAGACGAGCUCACACUGAACUCACCUGUAGAGAGAAACACUCAGACAGACGUGUGA